GCAGUGCCAGCCCCCAGAUGCCCUAAUUCUUCUGCCGCUGGUUCAGAGCUGCGCUGCCCUCGGAGGUGGCGCGUGGCUUCGUGGACGCUCCUCGCCCCUCCUCGGCCAGCUCGCUUGCACUGCUGCGCCCCCGAUCUCGCCCCCUCCCCAACCUACGGAGAGAUGUCUCCUGAAUGCACGAUGAAGUGAAGGGGGCUGAGCGGCGGCGGUGACAGCAGCGGCGGCGGCGGCGGGGACGGCUCUGCUCUGCACUGCAGCGGAGCACGAGGAGAAGCGGAGAAGCCUCCGGACCGGCAGCCGCGAGCCGGGAACCGAGAGCUGAGGCGAGCCCAGCUGCGCCAUGCUCAACAACCUGACGGACGGCGAGGACGGCGAGGGGGGGGCGAGCCAAGGUGAUGGGAACCCCAAAGAAAGCAGCCCGUUCAUCAACAGCACCGACCUGGAGAAGGGGAAGGAAUACGAUGGGAAGAACAUGGCGCUCUUUGAGGAGGAGAUGGACACCAGCCCCAUGGUCUCCUCCCUGCUCAGCGGCCUGGCCAACUACACAAACCUGCCCCAGGGCAGCCGGGAGCACGAAGAGGCAGAGAACAACGAGGGGGCCAAGAAGAAGCCUGUCAAGGCCACCCGGAUGGGCACCUUCAUGGGCGUCUACCUGCCCUGCCUGCAGAACAUCUUUGGCGUCAUCCUCUUCCUCCGCCUCACCUGGGUGGUGGGCAUCUCGGGCAUCAUGGAGUCCUUCUGCAUGGUCAUCCUCUGCUGCUCCUGUACCAUGCUGACGGCCAUCUCCAUGAGUGCCAUCGCCACCAACGGAGUGGUGCCAGCUGGCGGGUCCUACUACAUGAUCUCACGUUCGCUGGGCCCGGAGUUUGGAGGGGCCGUGGGACUCUGCUUUUACCUGGGCACCACCUUUGCAGGUGCCAUGUACAUCCUGGGCACCAUAGAGAUUCUGCUGGCCUACAUCUUCCCUCCGAUGGCCAUCUUCAAGGCCGAGGACGCCACUGGGGAAGCGGCCGCCCUGCUGAACAACAUGAGGGUCUACGGGACAUGUGUCCUCACCUUCAUGGCCACCAUCGUCUUUGUGGGCGUGAAGUACGUGAACAAGUUUGCCCUGAUCUUCCUGGGCUGCGUCAUCCUCUCCAUCCUGGCUAUCUACGCGGGGGUCAUCAAGUCUGCCUUCGACCCCCCCUCCUUUCCGAUUUGCCUCUUGGGCAACCGGACUCUGUCCCGCCAUGGCUAUGAUGUGUGUACCAAGGUGGUCCAGGUGGGCAACGAGACGAUGGGCUCUGAGCUGUGGGCACUCUUCUGCUCCUCACGCUUCCUGAAUGCCACCUGUGACGAGUAUUUCAGCCAGAACAACGUCACAGAAAUUCAGGGCAUCCCUGGAGCGGCUUCUGGUCUCAUCCAAGAAAACCUCUGGAGCUCCUACUUGCAGAAGGGGGUGUUUAUCGAGCGGUCGGGGAUGACCUCCGUGACCCACUCCGAGGGGGUGCCGGACAUGGACCAGCCCUACGUCUUCAGCGACAUGACCUCCUACUUCACCCUCCUAGUCGGCAUCUACUUCCCUUCUGUCACGGGGAUCAUGGCUGGCUCCAACCGGUCUGGGGAUCUCCGGGAUGCUCAGAAAUCGAUCCCCACGGGCACCAUCCUCGCCAUCGCCACCACCUCAGCUGUCUACAUCAGCUCCGUGAUACUGUUUGGCGCCUGCAUUGAGGGCGUGGUGCUCCGGGACAAGUUCGGCGAGGCCGUCAGUGGGAACCUGGUGGUGGGCACGCUGGCCUGGCCCUCCCCCUGGGUGAUCGUCUUCGGCUCCUUCUUCUCCACCUGUGGAGCUGGGCUGCAGAGCCUCACGGGGGCCCCUCGCCUGCUGCAGGCCAUCUCACGGGACGGCAUCGUGCCUUUCCUCCGGGUCUUCGGCCACGGCAAGGCGAAUGGGGAGCCCACCUGGGCCCUCCUGCUCACCGCCUGCAUCUGCGAGAUUGGCAUCCUGAUCGCCUCCCUGGACGAGGUGGCCCCCAUCCUCUCCAUGUUCUUCCUUAUGUGCUACAUGUUUGUCAACCUGGCCUGUGCGGUGCAGACCCUCCUGAGGACCCCCAACUGGCGCCCACGCUUUCGCUACUACCACUGGACCCUCUCCUUCCUGGGCAUGAGCCUCUGCCUGGCGCUGAUGUUCAUCUGCUCCUGGUACUAUGCCCUGGUCGCCAUGCUUAUCGCGGGGCUCAUCUACAAGUACAUCGAGUACCGAGGGGCAGAGAAGGAGUGGGGCGAUGGCAUCCGGGGCCUCUCGCUCAGCGCAGCCCGUUAUGCCCUGCUGCGGUUGGAGGAGGGGCCGCCCCACACGAAGAACUGGAGACCGCAGCUGCUGGUGCUCGUCCGGGUGGACCAGGACCAGAACGUGGCUCACCCGCAGCUGCUCUCCCUCACCAACCAGCUGAAGGCCGGCAAGGGACUGACCAUUGUGGGCUCCGUGCUGGACGGCACCUUCCUGGACAACCACCUGCAAGUCCAGCGUGCCGAGGAGUCGAUCCGGCGGCUGAUGGAGGCCGAGAAGGUCAAGGGCUUCUGCCAGGUGGUGACCUCUUGCAACGUCCGGGACGGAAUGUCGCACCUCAUCCAGUCCAGCGGCCUUGGAGGGCUGCAGCACAAUACGGUGCUGGUCGGCUGGCCACGCAACUGGCGCAGCAAGGAGGACCACCAGACCUGGAGGAACUUCAUUGAGUUGGUGCGAGAGACCACAGCUGGCCACAUGGCCCUGCUGGUGGCCAAGAACGUGGCCAUGUUCCCAGCCAACACGGAGCGCUUCCCAGAGGGCCACAUCGACGUGUGGUGGAUCGUGCAUGACGGGGGGAUGCUGAUGCUGCUGCCCUUCCUCCUGCGCCAGCACAAGGUGUGGCGCAAGUGCAGGAUGCGCAUCUUCACGGUGGCCCAGAUGGAUGACAACAGCAUCCAGAUGAAGAAGGACCUGACCACCUUCCUCUACCACCUGCGCAUCACGGCUGAGGUUGAGGUGGUGGAGAUGCACGAGAGCGAUAUCUCGGCCUACACCUACGAGAAGACCCUGGUGAUGGAGCAGCGCUCCCUGAUCCUGAAGCAGAUGCACCUGACCAAGACAGAGCGGGAGCGCGAGAUCCAGAGCAUCACGGAUGAAUCCCGGGGCUCCAUCCGGCGCAAAAACCCCCCCAACACCCACCUGCGCCUCAGUGUUCCGGAUGAGCAGGUGGGCGACAGUGAGGAGAAGCCUGAAGAAGAGGUGCAGCUGAUCUACGACAAGAAUGCCACCAGCUUCUCAGGUGACUCACAGUCCCCGGGGGAGGAGGCCGAGGCUGAGGCCGAGGCCGCCCCCGAGAAGGUGCACCUCACCUGGACAAAAGAGAAGGAGGCUGAGAAGAGCAAAGCCAAGAGCCCCGUCAGCUCCGAGAGCAUCAAGGACUUCUUCAACAUGAAGCCGGAGUGGGAAAGCCUGAACCAGUCCAACGUCCGGCGGAUGCACACGGCCGUCCGGCUGAACGAGGCCAUCGUGCGGAAGUCACAGGAGGCGAAGCUGGUGCUGCUCAACAUGCCGGGGCCCCCCCGGAACCGGAAGGGGGACGAGAACUAUAUGGAGUUCCUGGAGGUGCUGACGGAGCACCUGGACAGGGUGCUGCUGGUUCGUGGGGGCGGGCGGGAGGUGAUCACCAUCUACUCCUGAGUAGCUGGGCGAGGCCCUUCCUUGCCCAAAGGUUUGUGCCCCGAGAGCCUUGCACCCCACCUUUUCGCCCACCGCCCCAAGAUGCAGCAAGCCCUACCCGGCCUGUGUCUCGGGGUGGGAGGAUGGAGCCCCACCCGCAGCUCAGCCGCGCCCCCAGAUCUGCCGAAGGGGGAAUGGGUGGGUGGAGGUUCUGCCCACCAGCCUGCUUUCCAUUGCUGCCCCUCCACCCGAUCCCAGGUGGGGAGAGGGUGCCAGCCGAGGCCACCAGCAUGCUUCCCUUGCCAACGCUGGCCUCUCCCACUCACUCUGCCCCCCACCUUCUGUGCCAGGCCCCUCUGUGCAGGGAAAGCGCCCCGCUCAGGGCUCUCCCCCUCUCUUUGGACUCAAUGUGGGGUGGGGGCUCUUUGGAGCAAGGGGAUCCUGGGGGAUGAGCUGAGAUUCACUCCCCCCAUGCAAUCGUAGGAGUUUUCCCCAUCCCGGCCAAGGGGCUCUUGGCACCCACCGGGCCAGCUGACGCAUUGCUUAGCUGAUCAGCCCCUCUCCUGGCCUGACCCCCAACUCCACCAGACUCUCCCCCAGAGGCUGGGGAGGGAAAAAGGGCUCCACGCAGCGGUUCGUCUUUCGGCCUAGGCUCCCAGCUCACACACACACAUGUGCCAAUGGGGGUGUGUGUGCCAGGGGAUCUCUGCCACUCCUCAACCCCGUUGCACUUUAGGGUCUUCCAGCCAGGGACUCCCCUCAGGCCAGGAUCAAAGUGAACCCUGGACAGCUGCAGGGCCGGGGCCCAUUUUGAGAGACCCCCACAAAGCCCUGCACUACCCCAGAGACCCCCCUCCCAGGGAAAACGAAGGGGAGCACAGCUGCCCCUUUGGCUGUGGACUUCUCCUCCCUCCCCCAGGAAAGAAGGGGUGUGCUCUGCUUCUGUGUGUCCCCCCCCAUUUCUGGUGCCUCACCUUAUACCAAAACACGUGCAUUGGACCCCUGGGGGCAGCCCCCUCCCCCAGAAGAGGAAAACGGUGGAGCUUUUAACCAAUGUGAAUAGUUCUCCAAGAGCAGAACGCUGACCCCCCUCCUGGGAGGCUGUAAAUAUAUAGAUAUAUAUAUUCUGUACAUAGCACAGGACCAGUAUUUUUAAAGUUGUCCUAUUUAGGUGAGAAUAACUGAGAGGAAGCUGUGGGAGGAGGAGCUGGGGCGGCUCCAGGAUGCUCCGGCAUCUUCAUGGGCUGGAUGGGGGGGGGCUUCCCUCCCCCUCCAGUGGGCCCAGGGCCAGAGCAAAGUCCCUGCUCUGCCGUCCAGGGGGAGCUCCAGAGCCGUCCUCUGGGUGCUGCAACACGACGCUUCUUCUCAGGGCAAAAGUGGCCCCCUCCCCAUCUUGCAGAGCUGACCUUCCACCCCGGUUCAGCCAAAUGACUUCAGGCCUCCUCUGGCCGCCCUCUAAGCAGCUGGGCCUUCCCUCCUCCCCAGCGACUAGCAACCCCACAGCUGAGGGUGUACCAGGGGAGUUUUGGAGAGCACUUCAUGUAUGGAGAGAUGCCCUCUCUCACACACACACACAUGCACGCACGCCCACUCCCCUCCAAGAGCAGGGCCCUCCAAUUCAGACCCCUGGUCAGCACUUUCUAAGGGACGCACCCCCGGCACCUCCCCUGGAAGGCAGGCAGACUUCUCUCUCGCUUGCUGACAGAUGCCCAGCCUACCUCUGGCAGUCCCGGGGCCGGGGAAGGGCCCAGGCUCAUCUGGUCAUUGCUUCCCCUCCGUCCCAAGCGUCCUCCUUGCCUCCCGUUCCAGAGGGGCCCACAGCCGGCUAGCUGGAGCAUUGCAUGCCAGUUUACACUUCCCCCACUCCCAACCCUGCAUGCUUGGUGCCGCGUCCUGCUGCCCUCUGGCGUGUGGGCAUCCAGGGGCCCCUGACCAAAGCUGGAAGAGGGACUGCAGCCCUGCACUGAAGACGCCACGGCCUCCUCGCUGCUCUGGGAAAGCAGGGAGGGGCAGCCUCUCGGCCUCAGAGGCUUCCUCCCCGGACGGAUCCAGACUGCAGCCCACUGUACUGUUGCUGCACCCCUGGGCUUCUGAGCUGCCCCCCUCCCUCGCUGUGUGGAGGCCGUCUCCUCACGGAGGGCUGGCGAGGUCACGAGGCAAGAGGCGAGCGAGGCGAGCCCACGGAUGGGUCGGUGACAACUCUUCUUUCCGUGCUCACGUGCAAUAUUUUUGUUAUGAAUGUGACACCAGUCAGCUCAUGAAGUACCUUUAUAAUCAGUCACUGUAGCUCCUCUGUUUUCUGUCCAUCCGAGUGACUUCGAUUCCAGUGCGAUAUUCUUGCAAUAGCUGUUGUGAGCUUUUUCAUAGGCCUUGUGUUCUAGGGAAUACUUGUGCAGCGCAACGCCGCCGACCCCCCUUUGCUCUUUGUAAAUAACCUCAGUUGUCCACCCAAAGGAAGGUGAAUUGGGCUUGCGUUUACUUUCCGCGAGUGUUUGCGUGGCCGGUGCUUUAGGUAUCCAGGGGGCCACGGCCCCUCUUCGCUUGUGUUGAGGCUUAUACCGUAUAUUUUGUUUUCUAGACUUCUGUCUGCACAAAAUGCAAUAAAAGGAUUUUAUUACACCCUUCA